CGCGCUGCUCAUUUUGGUAUGAGCCGCUUCGCACGCUGACUGGAAACAUGUGGCUUACUGUGUUUUUUGGAUAGUAGAGUCUCAAUUUGCCGGUUUGUCAUGUAGAGAAACACAUCGCAUAUUUUGGUCAUUAACUCAGUGAUACAGUCUGUAAAACGACUGAAGACCAAGAACUGAGAACACACAGUUGUCACCCCAACAGACAGGAACUGAAGGGCCUUUAACGGUCUCUGGAUCAGACAGGUGAAGCCUGGGAUUCGUCAUCUUCCAGUUGCUCGAGAGAUCCUUCCUUAUAUUGUGUGAGCUGAUUGGUCGUGAACAUGAGGAGGUGUAAGAAUUGUGGAGGGACGGACAUUGAUGUGGACCAGGCACGGGGUGAUGCCGUGUGCAUGGGCUGCGGCACCGUGCUGGAGGACAACAUCAUCGUUUCCGAGGUAACCUUCGUGGAGAACAGUGGAGGAGGAUCGUCCGCCGUAGGACAGUUUGUCGCUGGUGACUCAUCUGGAAAUGCUCCAUCAUUGGGAGGAAACUUCCACACUGGUGUUGGGAGGGAGUCCAGAGCUGCCACUCUACAGAAUGCUAAGCGACAGAUAAACCAUCUUGGUCAUCAGAUACAAAUGAACCAGCACUGUUUGGACACCGCCUUCAACUUUUACAAGAUGGCACUCUGCAAGCAUCUGACCAGAGGACGCAAAUCAUCACAUGUUAUCGCCGCCUGCCUCUACCUCGUCUGUCGGACAGAGGGAACACCUCACAUGCUGCUUGACUUGAGUGACAUCCUACAGGUGAACGUGUAUGUUUUGGGAAAAACCUUCCUCGUUUUAGCCAGGGAGCUGUGCAUCAACGCACCAGCUAUUGAUCCGUGUCUUUAUAUCCCUCGUUUUGCGCAAAUGUUGGAAUUUGGAGAGAAGAGCCACGAGGUUUCGAUGACGGCACUGCGUCUCCUGCAGAGGAUGAAGAGAGACUGGAUGCACACGGGACGAAGACCUUCAGGCCUCUGCGGAGCAGCGCUCUUGGUUGCUGCCCGUAUGCAUGAGUUCCGUCGCACAAUUAAGGAAGUGAUCAGCGUGGUGAAAGUCUGUGAGGCCACACUGAGGAAAAGGCUAAAUGAAUUUGAGGACACGCCCACUAGUGAGCUGACUAUUGAGGAGUUUAUGAAGGUGGAUCUGGAGCAGGAGUGCGACCCGCCCUCUUACACGGCUGGAAUUAAGAAGCAAAAGCUAAAACAGAUUGAGCUGGAACUUUCAAAAAAAGUUGAUGAUAUUGAAGGUGAAAUCUGUGGCUAUCAGGAUGAGAUUGAAGUCGAGCUGGAGAGCUGCAGGCCCAAAGCCAGGGGAUUUUAUGCAUCCUGUUCCAGAGAAGAUGAUGUGAUUUCCCUGGCAUCAUCUGGUGUCCUUGCUGGUGAUGAUGAAGGAGAGGACGACGAGCUGAGGGCAGCAGCGUCUCACCUGUGCAGUGCUGUAUGUGGAGAGGAUGGAGGUGGCUAUCAGCAGGAGCGAGAUGGAGAGAAAGUCUCUCCAACCAAACGGCCCUCGUUAGCAUUAUUGCUUGGUGCUUUGCCCACUGCGGCCAGUUUGGGCCUGCCCGAGUCCAUCACCAAAAUGGGAGAGGAGAAGGAGAACGAUGUGGAGGCAGAAAGUGGUGAGCUAGACCUGAGCGGUAUCGACGAGGAUGAGAUUGAUCGUUAUAUCCUGAAUGAGAAGGAAAUUAAGGUGAAGACCGAACUGUGGAUGCUUCAAAAUGCAGACUACCUCAAAGAACAGAAAGAAAAGGAAGAAAGAAUAGCAAAGGAAAAGGAGGAGGGUACAUAUAAAGAGCGGAAGCCUAGAAAUAAGUCAGCACGGAGGCGUGAGCCCAUCAAUGCCAGCACUGCAGAUGAAGCCAUUGAAAAGAUGUUAGAGCAGAAACGCAUCUCCACUAAAAUAAACUACGAUGUCCUGAAAGACUUGAACAAAUCCAGCCCAAAAAGUCCCACUCGCCAGCCUGAAGAAGCUUCCACUGGAGCCAAAAGAACCCCCGCGGCCCAUCGACGGAAACUCCAACUGACUUCACCCAAUAUUGGCAAAACUGUCAGCAGUUUUGGGAAGAGGUUACAGCCUUUGGUGUGUGCACAACCCUCGAAGAAGCUGGCCCUGGAUCAGGAAGGAUUUGGUGCUCCAGUGGCCACUCCUGCUGCCCCAACCCAGAAUAGUAUUGUUGUAGAGAGCGGACCGGUGGCGUACGAUGAGCCUGCAGAUGAAGAAGACGAGGAUGAUGAGGAUGAACAUUGUGUCAGUGCCGUGCAGUUAAUGGGCAGCACGGAUUAUGGUUAUGAAUUAGAUGACGAUGAUGGCUUCUGAAUCCAGGGAUGGGAGCACCAGUGGAGAGGACACACUAAGAUUUAGCCUGCUGCUUAUUUUGACACCAAACAUGCAACACACAUGCAACAACCUCCAUCUCACUACUCCUUGUGUUCGUGCUUAUGUUUGCAAGAUGAAAACAAAUAUUGUGAACUUUACACACAACAGAGGAGAAGAACUAUAGCUAAACAAGAACAAAGACCCUACCUUCUUGUGUUUGUGCUUUUCAGUAGGUGCAUGUUCUAAGCUCAUGUGCACUAAGUAACUUAAAUACUAUUUAAAACAGGAGUAUGAGACUAAAUGGAUGUGUGUGGUGACUGGGAGAGAUGAUUCUCUCUAUCUCUCGCUUGCUAACUGCAUUACUGUGUGUUUUAGGCUAAUGAUGACAUAUGAUCUUGCACAUCUAAAGCGAUUAGCCCACACGAGGCUCAGGCCUCUGUGUGGACAAAUGUGUGCAUGUACACGUGCCUUUACAAUGGCAGUAUUACAGACCUUGAAUAGUAUGAUGAUUUUUAGAGCCAAAGUGUUAUUCUUUAAACCAGAUGUAGCUUUAUGUUUUCAGAGUGGAUUACGGGUGUGAAAUCUGAUUAGUGACAGUGUUCAAUUUUGCUCAGCUACCUGGCUAGUUUCCUAGUGCCUUUUUUAAUUUUUAUUAUUAAAUUACCCACUGGUCUGUUGCAUUUUCCAUUUUGGGCUAGUUAGUUGUUGUUGUUUUUUUUUUAAACUUAAGAAUAAUGUUUAAAAGGUACUUUGAUGAGAAUAAUAAUCAUUUUUGAUUUGAUGGUUGCCGCUUUUCUGGUUUAUGAAGAGGAGUACUUGAAAAAUUCAUUCCAGAUAAAUGCUGUUAAAAUAUCAAUGGUUUGAUCUUAUUUUUGCUGUUAAAUAUUUACAAAAUGCAAUUUAUAUAUAUAUAUAUAUUUAUGUUUUCAACAGGUAAAAGAGAUGUGUACAUUGUUGGAUUGUUUCUAAAUGAAUUGAUGGUUUGUUAAUGAAGAACUAAAUAGGAUAGUUUUAGUAUUAUUACUCAUAUCCGAAUACUCGGUAUCAGAAAGUUGGUGCUCUUCGAGAAUGUUUUACUAUAUUUAUACUUCGUUCUUUCCCAGAUUCAAAGAUGAGUCAAAUAUAGAGUACGCUUUUUUUUCUUUUCCUGUUAGAAAAGUAUUGGAGGGGUUUAUAUUUUGUCAGUCAUGCCACAACACACAGCAGAUAUUACUGAUGCAGACCCAAGCCAUUUAGAUUUUGAUAAAGCUAAUAAUUACAAGUAAAAAUUAUCCAAUUUAGGGAAACUAUCUUAAACUGUUAGAAAAUACAGUAAAAUAAAAGGUGAUCAGUGAUUCCAAAUUGAUUAAUCCAUUGACCUGGGAUUUGCAUCCACAAUCGAUAUACCGGUAGUUAAAUAAAUGUUGAUGUCUGUGAACUCUUGCUUGCAUAAUAAAAACUUUCUUCGGUAUGUGAGUCCUCAGGAUUCGGUAUGUGAGUCCUCAGGAUUCGGUAUGUGAGUCCUCAGGAUUCGGUAUGUGAGUCCUCGGGAUUCGGUAUGUGAGUACUUGGGAUUCGGUAUGUGAGUACUUGGGAUUCGGUAUGUGAGUCCUCGGGAUUCGGUAUGUGAGUCCUCGGGAUUCGGUAUGUGAGUCCUCAGGAUUCGGUAUGUGAGUCCUCAGGAUUCGGUAUGUGAGUACUUGGGAUUCGGUAUGUGAGUCCUCGGGAUUCGGUAUGUGAGUCCUCGGGAUUCGUUAUGUGAGUCCUCGGGAUUCGGUAUGUGAGUCCUCGGGAUUCGGUAUGUGAGUCCUCGGGAUUCGGUAUGUGAGUCCUCGGGAUUCGGUAUGUGAGUCCUCGGGAUUCGGUAUGUGAGUCCUCGGGAGUUCGUUGGAGGCAAGGUCUUUUGGAACAGAUGGGUUUGGUCUUGCAGCAGUAAUAGUAACAAUACAACAGACUCAAAUCAGUAUUCAGUAAAACUAAAUAGUAUUUAUGUGCAAAUAAAUAAAGUGUAAUCAUAA